GAGAGGUCGCCGAGCGAAGGCAGCAGCUGGAAUUGGAACAUGAGCAAGCACUGGCUAUUCUUAAGUUCAAACAGGAUGAAAUCAAAAGGUUACAGCGGGCUCAGUUAUUCGCCAAGAGGGAGCAUGAAGGAGUGGUUCAGAUGCUGGAGGUGAGUGUAUGUGACACUAUUAUGUCUGCACGGGGAAGCACAAAAGCAAGUAAAACAACUCUGUGCCAGACCACGCUUUUGUACUGCCAGACUGCAUAGCCCUGAGGUGCUUUCAAGCAUUUAGGAGGACUUAGGAUCAAAUCCAAAGCUGGCAGUGUCCCACAAAAGAGUGAAGCAUUAAAGAGUAACAAGAAAAAAGUGUCUCUAUGUGACAUACACUAAUGUAUUCCUUUGAGCUGAAAUUCACUAAAUAAAGUGUUUCUGUCUUUUAAAACAGACCAAAAUUCUCACCAGGUUUUUAGUAGGUUAAAAGACAUUUGAUUGUGUCUAAAGAAGCCUGGGAUUAUAAUUUACUGGGAUCUUUAUUCUUAUCUAAACACCUGGCUGAGAAGCUGUGGCAGAAAGUACUUAUAUUUUUGUAGCGCUAGUAGGCCUGAAAACCGUUUGAACAGAUGGCUCUUCUGCUGCUUUGUGACGUUUGUGCUUGCUCUCUGUGUCAGCGUAAGAAUUCAAAUUGAAUCCAGAUAGCAGAUGACAGUUGAAAUCCCCCUGCCUGUGAUUGGCUGCUGAUGCUGAACAUUAAAAAAAAAGAAACUAAAAAAGGGGGGGGGAGAAAUCAAAAAUGUCAUCAUCCACAGUUGAUGACUUUACAUUCCUGUUGUCUGUGUUCCUUAUUUCUCACGGUUCAUUUUGCUGCGAGAGUUUGUUACUUAAAACAGUGUGUAUUUUAUUUUAGGAGUUGACUCAGCUCGUGUUGCGGAGGGAGCUGGUAGAGUAUAGUUGCUCCUGUUUUCAAAAUGCCUCGUUUCCUUCCUCUUGGCUGUGUUUCUCUCACUUUCUGUCUGUAUUUAAACCAAAGCAUCACAGGAGAAAGUCUCUUUCCCUCCCAAAAGCCCGCGCUUUACUUGCCAACAAAACACCCAGCCUUACUCAGUCUGUUAAAAAACAGUUUUUGCUAGAUUAUGAGGACUGUGUGUGUGUGUGUGUGUGUCAGGUGUGGGCUGCUAAGGGCCGAGAGACAUUCUAGUGAUUCUGGCUUGUGAGCGGAUUUCCUUGCUGACCUGGACUCUGACUGCUGUGUUUCUACUCUAUUAAUAUUUAAUUUAGUCUUUCCCAGUUUCAGUGCUUCACACACAUGCAUUUGCAUCUUUUCUUUGUGCUUUGUGUCUUUUUUGCUAAGCAGAGUACACUGGACUGCAUGCAGUCGAAGGUACGAGAGCUGGAGGAGAAAUGUCGAAGCCAGAGCGAACAGUUUGGCCUGCUGUCCCAAGAGUUGGAGAAGUUUCGAAUGCAGGCCUCAAAGGUGGACCUGGCCAGCUCUAGCCUCCUCAACAACCCCACCCUGUCGGUUCUGACCAACGGGGUGGGCCUGACUACAGAGCGAGACUGUACUGGUGGCUCAUGGGAUAUGGUGACUCUAGGUGAAAUAGCCUUUUGGAGUCUCGAGGGAGGUGACACUGUCUCCUGCCCUGAGGGCAAUGACCCACUUGAUGUGGCCACUGCACUACGCAUGGGGGCUACCCCUCACGCUGCAGGGCUAUCCAGGGUGGAGCGAUCGCCUGUCACCAAGCAUCGAGAGCUGCCCACCAUCAGCGUCAGCAAGUCAGGCUCUUCCUCUAGCAAGUCAGAGACCACACACCUCACACCCAAGUCUGACACCCAUGUCAGUCCGCACAAAUCAAGCCCAACUCACGAGGUGGACACAGCCAGUGAAGUAGAGGAGUUGGACAUAGACAUAGCCCCAGCACCUUACCCAGCCAGCAGAGGAGCAGCAAAGCUUCAGGUGUUUAUUGCAAGAUACAGCUAUAAUCCUUAUGAUGGUCCCAAUGACAACCCUGAGGUGGAGCUACCACUCACUGCUGGAGAAUACAUCUAUGUAUAUGGAGACAUGGAUGAUGAUGGCUUCUAUGAAGGCGAACUGAUGGAUGGACGGAGAGGGCUGGUCCCCUCUAACUUUGUGGAACGUGUUUCAGACGACGAUGUCAUGAGCACUCAUCACCCAGAGAUGGUGGACAUGUCCCAUAACUCGCUGAUAGACAGCAGCCUGCACAGUGCCAGCCACCAGCAUCGUCUCCACGUGGGUGUCAGCGCCUCUGCUGCCUCUGGCCCUGCCUCAGCCCCCUCAGAUUCAGCAUCAGCCUUGGCUGUCCCAGCCCCCCUCACCAACGGCCUGGACUUGGACUUGGAAGAGGUGGGAGUGGACAUUGUGCCUUACCCACGUAAGCUCACCCUCAUCAAGCAGCUUGCCAAGAGUAUCAUCAUCGGCUGGGACCCUCCGUUGGUGCCAGCUGGGUGGGGCAAUGUGUGGAGCUAUAAUGUGUAUGUGGACCAGGAGCUGCGGCUCAAUGUGCCCUUCGGUGCCCAGACCAAAGCGGUGCUGGAGCGGCUAGACAUAAACCUCAAGGCCUAUCGUGUGUCGGUGCAAAGCCUGACAGAGAAGGGUCUCUCGGACCAGCUCCGCUGCAGCAUGCUGGUCGGUCGGGACGUUUCCGUGGCGCCCACGCAACUGCGCGUGGAGAGGAUCACCGCUACCAAUGCCAACCUGACCUGGCUGCCCAGCAACAGUAACUAUGUGCACAUUGUGUCCUUGAAUGACGAGGAGUGUGAGCUGGUGAAGGCUGGCUGCUACUCGCUGUGCCUCAAUAACCUAUUGCCCAGCCUGCAGUACACCGUCAAAGUGGAGGCACGGCCGCACCGCACGCCAUGGGAGUUACCCGUGGAGCGACGUGAACACAGAAGCGCAACGAUCACCUUCACCACACUGAUGGCAGGCCCCCCCGAUGCUCCUCUGGAUGUUCAGCUGGAGCAUGGUCCAUCUCCUGGAAUUGCUCUCAUCAGCUGGCUACCAGUCACUAUAGAUGCUGCAGGGACCUCCAACGGAGUCCGUGUAACCGGAUACACUAUAUAUGCUGACAAAAAGAAGGUGCUUGAGGUGUCUUCCCCAACAGCUGGUAGUGUCCUCCUGGGUCCCUCUCAGAUCCACUCCCUGCUGGCAGCUCACGAGCUCACCGUCCGAACCACAUCCGCCCAUGGGGAGUCCUGUGACUCUCUGCCAGUUAAUGUGCCCUCAAAGCUGGCUGCCAUCAUGACAGGCCCGGCUGUCACUGCCCCAGUUGUGCCACCUCUGCCCUGUACUCCACUAGGUCCCAGUAACCUGCCCCCUUCACCAUCCUAUGAAAACUCUGCUGCCAAAGUGUCCACGCUGCCCAGUUCUUUGCCAUCAGAGAUACAUAUCACUGGCCUCACAGUAGAGGCUGCUGCCAACUCGCCUUCUGCCCUCCGCUCAGAAGAACUCUCGUCUUCCUCAUACGUGAAGGCCUGGGCCAACCCUUCAUCUGCUGCUGCCUUGGCUGUUAGCGAGGCCACAUUAUCUGUAGCCUCCACCAUUACCCCAGUGGUUAAUGUGACCUCCCCAGCCACCUUAGCACCUCAGCCAUCUCCAGUAGCGUCACCAGCACCUGCUCAGGCUCCAUCAGUGGCAGCAGCAGCACCAGUGUUGGAGCAGCACAGAGACACUGACAGCCCUGGAACUAUACGUCCAUUCCCAUCUAUCACAGAGUUCAUCGAGGACCUCGGUGCCAAGCUUGGGACCCCUGAGCGUAUCCCUACCCCACCCAAAGCCCCGAUUACAGAUCUCCUUAACCCUCAGGACACUAACCUCAUCCGUCCACCCAGCACUUCUCCUCUGGAGUCAGAGGUAGAGGAGGAGCAUGAAAAUACCCGCUUGGUGUCCAUCGAGGAGUUCCUGACACAGGACCAAGAGCCAGUGUACUGCAGCAGGCAACAGAGUUAUGUCAGAGGGAUUGUUGAACCUCCCAGUGACUACCAUGCAGACAACAGCCGCUCAGAUCUGUCAGACAUCCUGGAGGAAGAGGAAGAGGACCUUUACUCUGACCACCUCUGUGAAGUACAGGCAAGGGGAUGCACAGUUGGAGCUAACAGGUUGUGCAAGUUGGAGGCUCCAGACAGUGAUGAGGAAGUUCUUGAAAAGAUCCUUAAGUUGCCUCCUCAUGUCUACCCCAACAAGCAGCUAUUCAGCAUCCCCGAGAUGACAGAGGAGGAGGACAGCAGUCAAGAAGAGCAUUUAAGCCACCGCAGCCAGCAUCAGCCACAGCCCACCCACCUUCACUCCAGAAACCCAGAACACCUCCAUCCUGCCCCUCCACAUCACCCUAACCCACACCCACUAAUCCCUCCUCACCAUCACCACCUCAACCAGGAACCCAGAUCCCUAAUUAAAGAGCCUUUACCUAAACACGGGGCCUUGCAGGUCAAGCCUAAGACACAGCACAGAGUGCACUAUGCAGAAACGGUGGACACCAUCAGUUAUCCGGAAGCAGAAGACACAAGUUUAUAUGAGGGUCCUGCCAACAGGCGGGUCUCUGCCCGCUGUCCUCCCUGGCCAACCCACAAUAGCAAAGACAAAACACUGCUUCGAGGGCUUGGGGACCGCCUUAGGAGGGAGGCCAUGCUCAGGAGUCAGAUGGCCGUUGCCGCUGCGGCCAACCCCGGCGAUGGCCAUACCCCACCAAGACCCUACCCAGUCAGCAAAACAGUACAAACUAUGAGGUCACCCAUUGGUCCUGGGGUGGAGAUUGAUGUUGAGUACGGUACAGAUGACAAUGAGGAGCCUGUGGAAUAUACUCCUGGGGAGGUGGUGGUGCAGCAGAUGAGCUCUGAAUGGUGGGUAGAGGGGGCCCAAAUGGAGCACAGCAGACCUCCUCAGCGCCGAGGGCCAAAGGCUGAUCUGCUGGAGGUCAGCCAGAUCCCUUCAGCUGAAGCAGGUCCAUCAUGGAGAGGCCAAGCAGAGCUUUCCUGUAAACCAGCAUGCUUGCAGGCUAGGAAUCUCAAAGGUGGUGUGGAAUCACCAAAGACGAAAGGAGACAGUGACAUACGCAUCUUUGUGGCCCUCUUUUCAUAUGACCCUGCCAGUAUGUCACCCAAUCCUGACGCUGCUGAGGAGGAGCUUCCCUUCAGUGAAGGACAAAUCAUCAAAGUUUAUGGAGAUAAAGAUGCAGACGGGUUCUAUCGAGGAGAGUCAGGUGGUCGUCUGGGCUAUGUGCCUUGUAACAUGGUGUCUGAGAUCCAAGUGGAGGAUGAGGAGACCCGGCAGCAGCUGCUGCAGCAGGGCUUCUUGUCCACAGCAGCUUCCAUGGAGAAGAUAGGCACUCGCACACACGCACAGCUUCCACGUCGCCCCGUUCCACCGCCGAAACCGAGACGAUCCAAGAAAGUCAAGUCUGCAGACCUCUGCGAGGAGAGUGUAAACUCCUCCAGUCGAGCUGAGCAUGAUGCUGAGCGAGUCGAAUAUCCCAGCCAGGUAGAUCCCUCAGCCACCGCAGCUGUGGGGAAGCCAGCCCCAGGAGCCCGCAGAAUGGUCGCCAUCUUUGAUUAUGACCCACGAGAGAGCUCCCCCAACACUGACAUAGAGGCCGAGCUGACCUUCAGUGCUGGAGAUAUCAUACAUGUGUUUGGUGACAUGGAUGAAGAUGGCUUCUUCUACGGUGACUUAAAUGGCCACAGAGGCCUCGUCCCCUCCAACUUCCUGCAGGCCUUCCCAGAUGAUGCUCCUGUGCAGCCUGCACCUGAACCCAGGAAAGAAUCACAGGAUGCUUGGACGUCUUCCACAGAGCCACAGGAAUCUGGGCCAUCAACACUAGAAGAAUCUUUGCCCCCUCAGACUGAACCUGCUUGCCCCGCCAUGACAGAGCACACAAAUCUACAACCCCAACUGGCACCCACUGCAAGCCCCACGUCAGACCUGGACCCUGCUCUGGGCCCGGCUGUAGUGAAGGCCUCAGACCCCCGUCCCGUGGACAGCCCUCCACAGGCCGAAUCUUUUGUGCAAGGAAAGAAGAAAAAAGGUUUUUUCUCCAGAGGCAAGAAGCUGUUCAAAAAGCUGGGAUCCAACAAGAAAGAAUGACAAACUUUGGACAUCUGACACACAACACUUGUGUCACAUUAAAAGCACUUUUUCUGUAACUGUAAUUCUCAGUUGGUAGUCGGUGCGGUUAGCAGCUAUCAGAUCUAAUAAUUGAUGCUUUAACUGUCAGUAGUUCUACAUUUGCCUUAGAGCACUGCUAGACCAGCUGUUAAAUAUAGAAUACCCUAAAACACCCAGCGGCAUCACAAGAGCAUGUAUAGAUGCAUGUUGAAGUGAGCAAGUACUUCCUAAUAAUCUGAGCAUUUGCAAAAUUUCAACUCAUUGGAGGCUUUAAAGCAGUUUGCAAUCUCCCCUAGGACUGACUUUAUUUAGAACAGUCAAUACGGAACAGAGCAGACGUCAUCCCAACUCAGAGACGGCUAAUGAAGUGUUAGCUUUAACGCUCAUGUACUGGUGCCACUUUAUUUAUUAUUUGAAACAAACAGAAAGAGGCAGCACGCCAUCUCUUCGUCUGUGUCAUUAUUAAGAAUGCUAUCCUGAAUGGAUGCUUCUCUCGCGUGAUACUUCUCUUUAAGAGUAUUUAUACAUUACUUUGUACAGAACGUGAUAUUUAUUUGUAUCGGACUCCUGCCCUAACUGUGGUCACACCGCAUGAAGUGGCAUCGGGGCAUAAAAUUAGAGGUUUAGAGCUGUCGGAGACAGCAAGGAUCCUCUUUGGUAUGUGUAGUUUAGGGCUAAGACAUCGUGGCGUUUGUGGUUAACAGUCCUGACUGUUUGUUGGUGUUCAAUGUAAAGAAUGUGAAGAGUUCUCCUUCUUUGGCACGUGUGUGUGUGUGUGUGUAGAUGAAGCCACACAGUUGCUGGUGAGACUGAAAACAGUUGCCUUUCUCAGACAUUAAUACAGGAACUCUUGAUGGCUGUGUCAACAGUCAUAACUGGCCUAACUGUUACUUGUUUGCCGUCUGUGUGUGAGUGUUAGUGUGCAGAAAUGAGCAGUAGCCCACAGAGCUGCAACUGAAUGAAGUAUUUGUUGAUUAAUCGAUUAAUCAUUUAGUUUAAAACCGGGGGGAUGCCCAUUAGAUCCCUGCAGCUCAGUGCAACUCCAAAAGAAGAGAAGAAGAGUCAGUGAUUAUGUUUGAGAAGCUAAACUAGAAUAAACUCAUGUGUGACCCCUUUCAACCCACAUCCUGCUCUGUGUCUGUGGGACUAACCUGUAUAUGAGGAGGCAGGUGUUUGAAAAAUAAUUAGAUUUUGAAAUUAUUUCCCUGUAUUUGGGGGUUGAGCCAUCACGCCAUGCGUCGUGGCUCAACUGGGUUUUGACACAAACAGCUUCAACAUCUCUCAGUGUGAAAACGUCAUGAUUAAUCAACAAUUGCUUUACUGUUGCUGCUCUGCUUAAUCUGUAGUCCCAAAUGAAAACUGUGAAAAUAUUGUAGGUGGUCAUAGAUACUGAGCAGUGUUAGCCUGUGGGGUGCGGUGAUGUUUGAAUGUGGCACACAGAGCAGCACUUUCUUAGAACAGCGUUUAAAAUGAGCAGUUUUCAGUCAUUGCUGUGGUGGCUAGCGGCACUACUGUACUGUGAUAGACUCUGCAAUAAGUUGUUGAUGUGUGUUUAGUUUUGCUGCCUCGUGUAAAUGCAGUCACAUUACUGUAGUCAAUUUGAAUGGUGUUACGUGAUCCCUCUUCAGUCCACACAGCGUUUUUCUGUUCGCACAUUUGCAUCACAAUACUCUCAAAGUUUCUUCAAAAAGUAGAGCUUGAGCAAUGGCGGCUCUUGCGUUUGACUGAAGGAGAACAAACACAGAGCCGUGUUGCACGUGUCUUUGAGCUUCACUCCGCUCAUUUUGAUGCGAACAUGUGGAGCAGAGCUUCAGUGUUCAGUCUGUUAGUCAUUUAACGCACAUGCAGUAAUUCAUUUACUCUGUCUGGUUAGAUCGUGUGUGUGUGUAAGUGUGUGUGUGUGUGAGAGAGAGAGAGAGAGAGAGAGAGAGACACAGGGCUGUUAGGUAACUUCUCAGGUUUUCACACCUUUCCUUUUCCAUGCUGAGCCACCUGUGUGGUUGUUGAAAAAGAAACAGGAGAUGCCAAAAUGUUCGGUGCUUUCCCUGGUUUACUAGCACUGGCUUGAAGGCCCAUGUGGCAGGUGGAUUAAAGGCUCAAGCUGGAGGCACGUUAUUUAUUUUCUUUUUCUUUUCUUUAAUGUGAUGAAUGUUUGAAUUUUGUCAGUGUUAAAAUAAAGGGAACAUGAUGAUGCCAAGAAUUUAAAAAAAAAAAAAGACAGGGGCUGGAUUGACACUUUAGAUGUGAAGUAGCCGGGACUGAGGCAAGAGCGAGGCUGUACUGUUUGAUUUCUUCAUGUUUUUCUUUUUUUUUAAGAAUCAAAACAAGGGCAGAUGCUUAACAGUUGCCGAAAUGUACAACAACCAUUUGUACUCGUGUUGGAUUUGACGGCCUUUAAUGCACAAUUAUUUCUCUACCUGCUGUGUAGUAACAUAGGCAUCCCCCUCCCCCCCAUAUGUUGUAUGAUCCCUGUAGGCAGUAUUUUAGCUCAGCUGAUCAUAUUUAGCCUUACACGAAGACCUUGUUUAGUCUUAAUCUGUUGUUUACAGGAUGUUUAUUGACUGCAUGCAUACUAAUGUUACACCGAUGUUUGGCCUUAUUUAUGUUGCUGUCACAUUCUCCGUCUUCACUGGCUCCCUUGUGAAUUGUAGAUGGUGGAUGCAGCGGGAGAUGGAGCUGUAGGAGCUGUCUGUAUAUACUGAACAGUGUUGGGACUAUUUUCAUACAGUGCAGAUUUUUUUUUUUUUUUUUUAAAUCUUUCCUGAGCUGCAUUCAUUCAUUCAUUUAUUUGUUUGAAACCAGUGUAAGAUUUACCUUUUUAUAUUACAUAUAUAAAUAUAUAUAUAAAUGUUUUUAUUACCCUUUUUUGGAAGGUCGUGUGUAAAUAUUUUUUGUUAAUAUUGUUUUUCAGAUUUUUUUUUUCUUAUGCAUGCCCAGGCAGUGUUGAUGGAGGAACGGUGUAUAAAGAUGUUAGAACUAAAAGGAUUAAAAUUGUGACGGUUUCUUUCAAUAUGGAUCUUUUUACAGCAAUAAAUUAUGUAUAUUUUCACAGAAAA